AUGUUUGGCGUGCAGUUAACUCGCCGGUUGGUUCGACCGCCAACGGCACUCUUAAGGCCGCAGAUGUCUAUGCUAAUUCCUCGGCUGGGUGUGCGAUUCAACAGCAAGCUGCCCCAGUCCACUGACCCGGACAGUGACCUUCAGUCAAACGAUCUCAAGGCUCGCCUGCCCAAGUUUUCCUUGCACAAAGACGCUGCCCCGACUCUGCUUCCAAAACCAGACACGCCACGGGUCGGCCCGAACAUGACGUUCCCGCAGCUCAUGGAACGCUUCAGGCAUUUCCAGGGCCCUGAACUGUUGUACAUGUCGGAGUCUCACCGGCUGUACUUUAUGGCCUGCUUCGCUCUGGCUUUCAUUUGUGCCUACAACGUGUUUGAUCUGGGCGACCAAGUAGUGCCCCUUAUGAUCAAAUCUUACGAGGAGAAUGACCUGGAUGGCACCCCCAUUGAGAACCUGGGCCAGUUGGUCAAGCGCUUCGGUCUAGUCGGUUUGCUGUGCGGCGUUUACCUUAUCGCUGGCCUGGUGGUCGCUACCGUUCCUAGUCGUCUUGUUAGACGUAUAGAGUAUGUCCCCGGGGUCGAGGUUACCAAAAUGGUGACCCAUCCCCUGAUCCCGGGCCGCCCAUCUCCAGUUGUGUCGGUUCCAAUGGCCAAUUUAUCCAUUGGCAAACGCACUAAAGUCUGGACAGGCGAGGGCUUUUAUGGCACUACCUCUAAGUCGUCAUUCUUCUUUUUCGUCUGGGAAAAGGGCCGACGCCUUCCCUGGAUCGUCGACCGAAGCGGUUGGUUCUGGGGGGAUGGCCGUGUUUACGAUGUGAUCCUGGGAAAAGAGCCUGUGCUGCUUGCCGAAAAAGGUAUCUCCUACGACGAUGCUCUGCGUCACCAAAUGGCCGUUGCUGAAAAGAAGAAGGCAGAGCUUCGCCGCGAACUAGGUCCUGCCUGGCGCUAUAAAGCUAUGGGUCAGCUCAUGAAAGAGGACAUUGAAAAGUUCUCUGCCAAAGGUAAGUCCGCUGUGCUUGGAACCUUGAAAAAGUCUCCCAAGAGCAUAGGCCCAAAACCUGACGAUUCCGCCAAAAAAUAG